CCGUGAGCAGCUCGCAGACUUCGUGCGAGACGGGUUUCUGCUUCUGCAGCCAUCUGUUCCCGGUGGCGACGCCUUUCACGAGCGAGUCUGGGAGGCAGCCCAUGACAUGUACAGAUCGGGCGAAUUCGGCAAUAAUCUCCUUUCUGACUGCCCCGAGCUGGACUCGGUCUUGGAUGCACCUGAGAUCGCUGGCGCACUCACGGCACUCCUCGGCGAGGACUUCGCGUUGCAGCCGCAUCGACAUUGCCACGUGUCGAUGGCGCACGGCGUUGGCAACCAGUUUUUCCACCAGGAUGGCUUCGAUUCGUUCAGGCAUAUGACUCCCACUGACCUCAUGGUCAUGUACUAUCCGCAGGCAGUCUCCGCUGGAAUGGGGCCUACAGCCGUCUUGCCUGGUUCGCAAUACUGCCGCGAGAGUCCUGCAGGCCACCAGGUGGAGCGCAUUCUCACGCUUGGGCAGCCAGGCGGGUGCAUAGUAAUGCAUUUCCACCUAUGGCACCGGGCAACUGCCAGGCUCGAAGAAGGGCGUGCCCGUUACAUGUUCAAGUUCCAGUUCCGGCGUACGCGGCCCUUUCUGCCGGUGCCCAUCCCCUUGUCGUUUGCUGUCAGCGGCGAAAACCCCUUCACUGCUCCGGGAUAUUGCGGAGACGACGACAGCCACACCGUUGCCUGCGCCGCAGUCUGGGCCGCCCUCAGCGGCAAGCCGCUGCCCAGAGAGGCUGCGGUUGCUCUGCAGGGCAUCUCCCGCAGCGACGCUGGCACGUGUGUGCUGAAGGCUGGCUCUCGUGUGGAGCUCGGAGUCGCCAGCGGCACGGUGUCUACCGCAGAGGUGCUCUCGGUGCUGGCCCCAGCGUGGGCGUGGGCGGCUCAGAAGGCGGAGAGCGACAGCGGCGGUCAUGUCUCUGCCCAUCCCAGCGGAGACGGAGCAUUCAAAGCCUACACUGAUGCAUUAAUGGACGUCGCUGGCGCCUUGCAGGUCUCCACUUUCGAGGGGGGCCCACCGGCCUUUAUCUUUACGGCGCCCAAGAGCACCAUGAUGGUGCACCCCUUUGAAGAUGAGUGGCGUUUGGAGGUGCUCAGCGCGUUUCCGAUGUUCAUGCCAGUCGAGGCAGUUCUCUCAGAGCUCGUGCCGCUCGUUGCACCGACGCAGUGCGUCCGAACACAGACCCGCGCGCUGAUCAGCCUCUAUGUGCUGCUGGAGUGUGUGGCGUUUUGGCAGGCGUGGCUGACAGCGGCCAAGGGGACACACCAGCCGGCGGAGCUCCUGAAGGGCCGCUACACGCUGGCCGAAGCCCUGCGCUGCAUCGGCCGAUUUGGUCAUCCGCUGGUGGCGAAGGCGGCGGCGGACCUGAUCGGAGUGGGGGCACAGGCAGAGCUCGUCUGCGGCCCCAACUGGCGCGGCAAGUUCUGCAGGUUUGUGGAGCGACGCCGGAG